GUCACUCUGAAGCUGAUUGUGCAGACUGUGGCUGCUGCUGCCACUGUCUGCCUUCCUCAACAUCACUGGGAGGAGUGGCUUUAAUUCCGCACAGCCCCUGAAAACCUGGACUCUCCUGGACCAACACAUGGACACACACCCAUCCAGACAGCAUGGGUUCCAGACUGAAGUAAGUAAAAUGUUUUUUUUUUCUCGUCUUCCAUCUUCAUCACUGUAGACGUCACCCUGUUCUUGUGGUUUUAUUACUUCCUCUCACAAGUGCACAGGAAGCUUCCUGCUGCGUUUCUAUUGCCUUUUAUAUGUUGUCAUACACUUCAUAGUAAACCUAUUCUGUUAAGCAACAAAACAGAUACAUUUCUGAAUAUUUUAGUGAAUUACAGCCACUCAUCCACUUAAUCUCAGUAAAUCUCUGUUAAAUAUUGUCCCUAAAGUGUAUCUGUUCUUCGAUGAUCUGGAACAUCUUCCUUCAGUUUUAAUUAAAUACACAAUCAUAACUGUUUGUCAGGCUCCUUGUGUAUUUGCACAGAAAAUUUUAGGUUGCUAACACUCUCGAAGUGUUAUCUCACACCAGUGCUGUGACUCUUUUUCCUGUCAGACAAAACCCUGAGCAAACCUUCUACUGGUUCUUUGAGGCAACUUGCCCUGUAGCCAGAGACAAAGGUGAGUCCUCAGUCUUCACUCACAGCUGCUCAUGUCUUCUCUAAAUAUAAGCAUUCAAAUGCGCAGAGUAAUUUAUCAGCAACAGAGAACUUGACUGAAUUUGUUCCUCAGUUUCUUCCUGUUAGUCAUUUCUGUUUUGGUUAUUGUUCUCCGUAACACCCUGCUCAGCAGACUGUUUACUACCAUCUAGAAAAAAGCUCACACUCAGUCAUGAGUGUUUGAAUAAAUAAGAAAAAGUCAUAAGUGAAGAUGUAUCUGCCAAGCUGAGAGUUGCUCACACUUCCUGUCAUGUGACCAGAAAACCACACAGCUUGUGUAGCCUCAUUUUAAAAUAGAUGGAAGCAUGUUGAAGUAAUCUACUAGACUGAGCAGCAGAGCUUGACCUGGAGGUGUUAAAAGCACUGAAAGCACUUCACUGGAUUUUAAUUUGGAUUUAAUUCACCCAUAUUUUAAUCAUCUGCUGUUAAACUAUCAGUAUCUUCUUUGUCUCUCCUUAAUAUUUCAGGUUUUCAGUUGCAGUAGUGUUGGUCUAAAUAUUUAGGGCUGCUAAAAGAGUUUUAGGGAGUAUUCGUUGUGAUUUUCGGUCACUGGUUUGUUCUUUCUUUAUUGCUACAGACCCCGGUGUGCUUUUCCAGUUUCCAGAGGACUUCAGUGAUGAGGUACACAUGCUACCUGCUUCUAGAAAUAAUAAAGCUUAUAAUACUGAUAACUUACAAUAAUAAACAUUUUUGCUGACAAGCUGAAACAUUCUGACCCUGAAAAACUCUGAUUAUCCUUUUACUGUGAGACCUGUCAGUGAGUGGGCUAUGAUAGGCAGUUGUAGUUUAUUGGGCUCUUAAUUGAAGGAAUUUUAUUUUGAAUUUGGUGUUUAAGUUCCACCUUGCUUUUGUAGUCUUCCCUAAAUGUCCGUUCUUGAAGACAGGCUGGUACAUUUCAAACAAAGACUUUAUGAAUAAUAGAUGUAACCCCAUUACAACACUACUUGUUUGCCAGCUUCAUUUAAAAGCUUUGGAUUUUGCAUUAUGGCCAUUACGAUGUUGUAAAUGUAAAUGAAAUAGACUUUUAAAGGGAUAUUUCGGCGUAAAUUUAAGUGAGGGUCAAACACAUUGUAACAGAGUUAAACACCCCCUCGUGAGAUGAAUGUUGAUGAAAGCUGACUGCUUGCUUCUCUAGUUAUACCGUGACAAUCGCACAAUAGCAAUACACAGUGGUCUACGUCUCCACACACAAACUUCAACCACAAAGUCACUCUAUAGCCACAAAUAAUGCUCAGAGCAGCACUAACUUCAUCAACAGUAAAUAUAGGGUCCUAGCCAUAGUAUUAGCCAUCAAACAUCUUUUUAGCUUUGCCUGAUUUCUUUAGCAAAGAGACUUAACACAACUCACCCACUCUCCUCCAGCAGCCGCUUGUUUGUCGGGGAGCCCUGAUGAGUCGAUCACAGAGUGCAGUGGAAAAUUUAUGAUUAUUACUUCAUGGAAAUGCAAUCAGACCGAGACACUAAGGCAGAAGAACUAUCAUGCCUUCAGUGCAAAAUCAUUAUUAUGAUGAUUAUUACUUCAUGGAAAUGAUCCACUGCACUCAGUGAUCGACUCAUCAGGGCUCCCUCACAAACAAGCAGCUGCUGGAGAAGAGUGGAUGAGUUGUGUUUGAUCCCUUUGCUGAAGAAACCAGGCAAAGCUGACAAGAUAUUUGGUGGCUAGUACUAUGGCUGGGACCCUACAUGUACUGUUGAUGCAGUUAGGUGCUGUUCUGAGAAUAAUUUUAUGGCUAUAGAGUGGCUUUUUGGUUGAAGUUUGCACAUGGCGAGGUAGACCGCUGUGUAUUGCUAUCGUUUGGUUGUUACUAAAUUUGCUAUAACUAGUGAGGCAAACAGUCGGCAACAUUCAUCUCUCGAGGGGGUGUCUAACUUGGUGUUACGGUGUGUUUGACCCUAAUUUAAUUUUGCCCUGGAAUAUCCCUUUAAUCUUCAAUAUUGAGUACUAACCUGCCAUCUAAACUGCACUAUCCUUGAAACUUGUUUUCAUUUUAUUUUAUGCAUUUCCUCUUUGCAUACUCCCAAAAAGCAUUUUGAGUUGCAGAACUAAACUUCACGUUGAUUUUAUUUGCUAUUUGAACAGAGAUGAAAUAUUUUCAGUGUAAACUUUGAGAUCUGUAUGGACUAAUAUUACAUUGCAUGAACAUAUUUCUGUCUCACUCCAGGAGUCUUGCCAAACUUUACCCAGGUUCUGCUUCCCCUAUGACAUACAAAGGUGAGUUCAGACCUUUGAAGAAUUGUGGCUGCUGAUACCAGAUGACUGGGCAUCAUUUGUCCCUACGACCUGCCCUGUCUUGAGGUCAAGUUCAGAGUGUGUGUUGUGGUUAUGAUAUUAAAGCAUUUGUCCCAGAUCAGUAUAGUUUUCUUUUGUUUUGCACCUGAUUGGAGGGAAGAGGAAUCAUCAUCUGCAUUCUCUGCUAGGCAGAGCCUGUACUGUGUACUCUCAUCUUGUCCUCAGGCAGAUAAAGUUCAAGGUAGAGGCAUCAUAACUGUAGGUGAUGAGCUUGAGAGGCCCCCUGCUUCCUAACUGGAGCAAGCCAGCUUAAGUAGCCAAAACAUGUUUACAGAACGGGGCCAAUUUUGCCCCAAAUUAUUACAUGGCUCACGUAAAUUAAAGUAAGGAACACUAGAGUUGCUAUUUGAUUUUUGGGGGGACAGUUAGUGGUGCAACACUGCCUUGCACUUGCUUUGUUAAUUGGACAGUGUCUUAUAAAUGCAGGUUUAGUGGACACAAAAGCUGCAGUAGUCUUUUGUGGAUCACUGAUUAGCCUGUUUACUUAAAUGUAAAUCACAUAAUAUUUUCCUCUGCACAGAGUAAGGGAUGGAGUGGCUGUGCAGCACUUUACUUUUGUCUUGACUGACCUGGAAGGAUGCCAACGAUUUGGCUUCUGUCGUCUCACCAACAGCACUCACACCUGCCUCUGCAUACUCAGGUACACCUGUCAGAGGCCGCGUGAAUGUUUGACUGGUUCAGCUUCAUUUUCAAGGAAAUGUUAAACCAUGUCUUUUAAAUUGUGAUGGACACCUGUGUAAAUUCAUUUGAUUACAGUUAUCUGCCCUGGUUUGAAGUGUUUUACAAACUUCUCAACAACUUGGCUGAUUAUCUCAUUAAAGGACAGGUGAGUUUACACCUCUGACAGUACUCUCUGCUUCUUUGUUAUUUCUGUGUCACCCACUGUUGGAUGUGUACAACUUGUCUGGUAUCUGUCUUCUUAACAGACCAGUGAGAUGAAAGCACUCCUUGCUGCCCUCUACAAGCAGCCCAUACCGCUGGCAGCGGGAUCCGUUGUUUUGCAGAUGGUAAAUCUUCAAUAAGCUGAUAAGAACAAAGGCUCACUCUUGACUUUAUAGCUUUUUUGUGGUUAUUUUUUUCUGAGGGAGAGCAGCUUAUGGUCAGCACAGAGGUGUCCCAUCCUGUUGGACACGAAGAGGGACAAGAGGGGGUGAGUCCUGCAGGAGUUUAUGUAGUCUGGAGCAACAGCUGAGCACAUACAGACUAACUCCUGCUGGAAAAUAAUGCUUUGUCUGCUUGAAGGCUAGACUUGGUGUGGGGACUAAAACUGUGCCAUGCAUUCCUCUAAUAAAAUAUUCAAAUAAAUGUAUAAUACUAUUUUCACUAACAUAAAUCUGUUAACUCUUUAAUACACAAAUAAUCCAUUAACACUCUGACCACAUAAGAAAUGCUUGUUUUAUAUGAAAUAUCUUUGUGGCUCUAACCUGCUGUUGGUUUUGCUGUCUGGAAGUUUGUAUUUGUAGAGCUUUAUUUCAAAAUAGAAAGGGAUUAAAAACAGAUUUUUUUUUUUCAUUUUUGUUGGAUUGACUGCAGUUGCAAACUGAUGUUAUCACAGGUUCAAAAAUUUAUGUUUGUAUUAUUUUGGACUUACCACAGAACACUUAACACAAUGACAGAUCAUAUGGGCCAUGAGUAAAAAUAGAUACAGUAAGUACGAUGUGAUGGAUCAGAUGCUUUAGUUUAAAGUGACCUACAUUUGAAAGUAAGUACAACACAAGUAAAGAUCCAGACAGAAUGACUGAGCAUGGUGAAGUGACACAAACUGCUUCAUGUCUAAUUGGACAAAGUGCUGCCAUGCAGUAUUAAAGGGCAAUCUCCAAUUUUGGGAGUUAGGGUUAAAAGAGAAGAGGGACUGUUAUAGAAAAAUUAUACAUAAUAAAGUUUAAAUUUGUAAGAAAAAGCUUAGACAAUCUUCAAAAAACAGUCGAGCAAAAAUUAGACAUCAAUUACUGUAUGUUAUUUUCAAUAUAAGAUUUUAAAGCUACUUAGUGCUCUGUCAGUCAAAAAAAUACGAAAAACACACAGAAUCUGGGAGGAUAGUAAAAGACUACAGUUAAAUUCUCUGAUAGUUAGACCAACAUUUAGAAGCUGAAGAGUUAGCAUGAUAGCACCUUACAGCUUAAUAAGUAGGGGUUGGGUGUUAAAUAAUGGGAAAGUAUCAGUCAAGAUAGAAAUAAAGAUGAGGACAGUGUCUGUAAUAUGUAGUCUUGUUGAGUGUUUUUCCUGUGGUUGUUUUUAAAAAGCAAGCAGCCACCUUUUGUGCUGAUAUGUGUGUUUUAGUUUACCCCGUUUCACAUCUUCACGAAGCAAUCUUUGUUGGAAUAGAUUUAUUUUCUAUUAAAACAGCAACUAUAAUCGAAGGAAGGAGAAAAUUCCAAGUUUUAUUCUGGUGAAUUUGUCGGCUGUCUUAUCAACUGAUAAUUCUUUUACAGCCUUAUUGGUUUCUGCAACAAAAAGCUUACUGAAUUUUGGAGUGAAAAUCUCACAACUGGACUUUUUUUUGUAUGUCUGAGCACAGUAUAAAUCAUCUGUAAGAGUAAAUACUUCUAAUACCCCAAGUGUAGUCUUAAAUGUUUUGUUUGCUUUGUUUUGACCAGAUUCCUUACUUCAUCGCUCCAGACCCAAGAAGCCUUCCUUCCAUCCCUGAAAAUGUGAGUAUGGAAGAUGUGGAAUGACAGGGAUUUGAGCGCUCUUUUUUGUCUGUUCUGCCUGAUAUCUGUGUGUGUGUGUGUGUGUGUGUGUGUGUGUGUGUGUGUGUGUGUGUGUGUGUGUGUGUGUGUGUGUGUGUGUGUGUGUGUGUGUGUGUUUGCAGAGGAACCUGACUGAGCUGAUUGUAGCUGUCGAUGUCGGGAACCUGCUCCAGCUCUAUGCCAGUAUGCUGUUUGAGAGACGUAUUCUCAUCUUUGCCAGCAAACUCAGCACUGUAAGACAUUUGAUAUUCAGUUUUCUCUUUUUUUACUUCUUAGCACAGUGGCACAUAAUCCUUAGAAGCUCCUACACACCAGCUUUCACUGAACCCAUAAUGGCAGUCACCACUUCAGCUUCUGCUGAAUGCAAAUGUUUAGAAACAGAGCUCAGUGCAGCCACAAGUAGCCUCAGGGUACUGUCUCAAAGUCACACAGAGGCUGCAGUCUGGUGGACCACAGAGCAGGCUUGUGUGUCCUGUGUUCUGUAUCUGAAACAGUCUUCCUCCAUUGUGUGUUUUUGUGUAGUUGACGUCUUGUGUGCAUGCUCUGAAUGCUGUACUGUACCCCAUGUACUGGCAACACAUCUUCAUCCCCGUCCUACCCCCUCACCUCCUGGAAUACUGCUGGUGAGAACUCACUCUACCCAUCCACCCACCCACCCACCCACCUACUUAUCUGGCCACCUUACCUCCUACUUACCUGAAUAACUUUCCAAAAACCUACCCACCUGGCUUCCUGACUGGACACUUCCUUAUUCAUUAACCUCACCUUUCAUUAGACCUGCUCGCCUACUUUACAGCCUACCUUGUCACCUAAACACUGAACUAACUAUCUUCCUAUCUAUAAAUAGUACAUGCGCUAGUCACACCACAUUCACACUCUCAUGGCAGCUUUGUAAAUCACCUAUCAGUUUUAAACUCAUCAUAUACAUACACCCUACUCACCUUUUUGUGUUGUAACAUAAAACAAUGACUUUUUUUCCCCCAGUGCACCCAUGCCUUAUCUAAUAGGGGUCCACACCAGUCUUUCUGAGGUAAAGAAUUCUUAAACACAAGUGCUUUUUUAAAUAAUGAUCCAUACUUAACUACCAAAGCUUGAGCUUUUUGUAACGGUACAAUUUUGCUUUAUUUGGAUUUCUGCAUUAACUUUGUCUCUGCGUGCAUGUCAGAGGGUGAGACGUAAUGGGUUGGAGGAAGUUGUCAUCCUGAACGUGGACACAAACACUCUGGAAACCCCCUUUGACGACCUAAAAAAGAUACCGUCUGAUGUGGUAAUUGGCACUCUGAAUGUAGUUUUGAGUUUAAAAUGUGUUUGUGUUGAAGUCCCCAAGCAGUUUUACAUUUGAGUUGUAGAAAAAUACCUAAGAAAUCUAAGGCAUUGACGAGGUAUAGCACUUAAACCCUGGUACUGUACUUUUAUUUUAUCAGCCGACAGUGCUGUUCUUCGAGAAGGGAUGUAGUGGGGUCUGAAAAUUUUGGCAGGGUGACUAAAACUACAAAGUUGCACAUGAUUCUUGCAGGCCUGAAAUGGUUCAUCCACACUUGAAAACAAUCUUGAUAAUGAAAUUAUAAACAAAGGAUUGUUAUGACCCCAGUCAGGGUAGCAUUUUUGAGUAGCUACAGCAGCAGUUGCUCUGUAUGUGUGUACUGCAGUGUGUCACAGCAUACUGUAUGUGGAUAUAUGUUUCCAGAUGUCAGGGCUGAAGGUGUGUUUGAAGCGCCAAGCGGUGGCUCCUGGCUGUGGUGUCUCAAAGGCCUUCCUCAAAGCUCAGGCUCUGCUGUUUGGAGGCUACAGAGACGCCCUGCAGGGUAACCAGGUAAACCACCCUUUAAAAAAACAAAACAAAAAAAAACACUUCCCUCUCUCCACUUGCCUGUUCAAUCCACUGUCUUGUCGCUAAAAAAAGUUUGUUCACAGGAGCCUUUAUGUACUUUUCUUUCUUUGAGAGGAACCAGAAAAGGAGAAAAGAUGUGUUUGUAUCUCUUUUCUGACUCUCUUUGCAGGAGGGUGAAAUGUGUUUCAGUGAAGAGCUGUUUCUAGACCACAAGUCACCCAGCAUGAGGCAGUUCCUUCAGAGUGCAGUUCACUUGCAGUUCUUCAAACAGGUACAGGUCAUAUACCGCACCCUACUGGACAAACACUGUACCUACCACAUUGGAAGACCUUUUCAAAAGAGAAUACAGUUAUUGUAAUCGUGCAAUAUUGCUAAAUCGAAUGAAAUGAACAGUUAAACUGUUACAAAGUCAUGAAAAUACACUAAGUUUUCUUUUGCUUGGGAUUUCUUUUUGUUUCUAUUUUCUGGGAUAAAAACAAAUGACCAAAUAUGUUUUUCAGUUUAUUGAUGGCCGCCUUGAUAUUCUGAACAAAGGAAAGGAACCAGAGGAUCUAUUUGAGGAGGAGAUCUUGAAGUGUGAAACAGCUGCAGGUGUGUACGCCUCUGUGUUAGUGCCAACAUUUUUAGUCUUAUUUAUUUUCUGUUUAACUAUUUGUAUCUCUACUUGUUUAUAGGACUGGGCAAGUCUUAUCAACAUCUGGUUGGUAAUUUAAAGGUAAGCUUACUCAGUCAGUGAAAUGUUUCUCAAAAUCGUUUUCAUCUUGUUGAAAAAAUAGAAACAUAGAUAGUUUGUGCUUUCUGCAGAAGGGUGGAGGAGCACUGAUCCUGAACAUGAGGUCCAAAGCAAACACAAGGGUAGGCAUAGUUGCCGAGUUUUUGUUUCUGUAGGAGGUAAAUGAAUCAAGUUCGUAAUAUCAAAUCAUUCCUCUUUAUGAUCAUGUGCAUCUUUCUCAGGCUAAAGGUCUUGCCAAGUCUGGUUUGAAAAACUUGCUGAUGCCCAAGGUGGGUCAGUGUUUUUGUUUGUGCAAGCUUAGACUGACAAAAAUCCUACCUGAGUUUUAUUAAUAUACAAAACUUGUGUUGUACAUGUGUAAUGCAGACCCACAAAGAAGAUCACUCUCUUCAGAGAGGAGGAUCAGUGACACACCGUCGUGCUCAAUCAGACUGUUUGCAGAGCCGACUGCCAAUCACACCGCACUUUGGGAUGGUGAGAUGAACAUUAUCUCUUUCUUUUUUUGCAGGUGUUGCUGUUUUGCAAAUCAGUUGAACCCUUCAUUCAACUGAAAUGGUGCAAAGACAACAAAUCUGAUUCUAAGUACUGAAAGUGAAAAAUAUAAUCUUGUGUACUUUUGAAUAGAUGAUCAUUUUAAAUUCGUUUCCAGUGGCAUGUCUUUAAAAAGCUGGGGCAUGCUUUCUUUUGUUUGAGACCUUUUCUUUGAUAAAGUUGAGACAUUUGGAGACUGAGGAGACCAUUCUCUGGAGUUUUAAAGGGAAAUCUGGUCCCGUUUAUGUCAGAUUCAGAAUUCGAGCUUCUCAACAGUUUAGGGUCUCCUUUGCAGUAUUUUUUUAGGACUGCAAGAAGGUUAGUAUAGCACCUGGACUCCUCUUCUACAGAGCCAUACUGGCGUGAUACGUGCAAAAUGUGGUUUGGCAUCUUCAUGGUUUUACUUGAAAAGGCAAUGUUUGUAUGGCAGCAUUUGUUGCUCCAAAACCUGUAUAUAUUGUCAAGCAUUAUGGUGCCUUUUUGGAUGUGUACAAUAGUUACUUGUGCAUCCCAAUACCAUUCAGGACUGAUAGGACACUGGGUCCUCUAUUUCCUCUUUAGAUCAGAGGAUCAGAGCAUCUGUGAUUUAAAAAAAAAAAAGUAGGACAAAUGUUGUUUUGUUAGAGCACAAGACAGUUCUUCGCUUCGCUUCAGAUAAUUUUAAAUCAACUUGGGCAUGGAGAAAUUAAUGACUUUUCUGGAUCAUGUAUAUAGUUUCCUCUUGAUGUCAGUUGAAUAUAGGGUCUAAAUGAUUUGCAAACCAUCCAAUUCUGCUUCAUCAAUGUUUUACACAGUGUUCUUUCCCUAAUGAUAAAUGAUAAAAAUUUGAAAUAAACUCCAUCUCCAAAAAUCCUCAUCUGAACUCAUUCUGCCUGUACUGCUCUUUGUGCCCCGAUAUUGCUCCACGUCUUUUGCUUUCUGUUACACAUCCCAACACAUUUGACUUCUGUUGGGGUAUGUUGUGUUGCUUUUGUGUUGCUGUUGUUUUGCCUUGUUGCUCCAUGUUGCUUCGUGUCAGUCACGUCCCCGUCGGCCUGUUCAUCAAUACAGGCCUUCUGGAGCUGAGGAGGGCACGAAGGAUCCUGGAGAAACAUGGGAUGGGUGAGAGAAAAAUGGACAGACAGGAAAACAGAUAACAAUCCACAGUUUGUUUUUGUCCUUUUUGUGUGAUUUGGUUUUCAAUCUCUGCUCAUCAGAGCUGUGCCUGGGACUGUGCUUGAGUCUGACUCUGAUCUCCAGAAGGAUGUAGACGAGGAGCAAGAAUCCCCACUGUGUGACUCAGAGGAGAUGGAUCUGCUGGGGGAGAUCUUUGACACGCUCAGUUCCCGCAGCCUUCAUGAACGCGGCCUACUGUACGGCACACGCAGCCUGGACCUGUUUGGAUCAGACAGCCAUGACUAUAUCACAAAGGUAAGAAGAUGAAGACCUAAUACACACACACACACACACACACACACACACACACACACACACACACACAUGAAUGUGAUUUCUGGUCUUACAACAGUUGGUCUUGUCCUCAAGCUUGGUUUUCCAGCCAACCCCAGCCAAGAAAGCCUGGCCUUGUCUGCAAGCGGCAGCGGCAGCUUGCUCAGCUGGAAUCACGAAGAGGAGCCAUCUGAGCUGACAGAGGACCUUGAUUGGCCGAGCCUGGGUGCCAGUGAGCCACAAGUGGAAGAGACGGAGAAUCUACUGGCAGCGUGUGAGAUAACGGAGAAAGAAAGUGGACAAGAACAGGAAGAAUUUAAUGCAGCAACAAAUAGGAAGCAAGAAGAUGAAACAGAAGACAGAACUGACUUUAAGGAGGUGCAGUCAGAGGAAGAGAGAGAGACAGAUUGUCAAGAAAAGAAAGAGAGUUUGGGCGAAGAAAGAGCAAAAGAAACAGCAGAGAUUGAAGAGGCAGAAAGAUUGAAAGAAGAUGAGCAAAAUCAGACUGACGGGGUAGAUGAGAGUAAGGAGCUGGAAAAUGGAACCAAUGAAAUGGAGAAAGAUGUAGCAAGAGGAGAGGAGGAGAAAGAGAACCAGGAGAACAAACUGACCAAUCUGACUCCCCAUCAUCCUGAGCCUGAACCUCCAGCAGCUCAGGACAAAAGAAAAGAAGAAGCAGUGAAGAAAGUGCUUUCUGCUGUAGCACGCUUCCAGUCUAAGGGGCCCAGCCAGAGCUUUCAGCUAAAGUCCAGGGCCAAAGACCUGAAUGAACCUGAGAGAGUGUGGAACAAGUUUGAGAGCAGGGACAGAAUGCAAACUCUCAGUACAUGUGACUCAAAUGUGUCCGAGAACAACAGCUCAGAGGGGCAUAAGGAGGAGGAGCAAGAGCCCCCGCCAAUCAAAGUGUCUGAGCUGAAGAAGAGAUUUGAAGGUUAGAAGACUGAGCUAGGGCAUGCUGAUCUAGUAUGGAUGUUAUUUUAUAGAAAGAACUAAAAACUAAUAAUAAAAAAAAUGAUAAUAGUGUUAAUGUCAGAAAA